CCCUCUCUCCCCACCCUCCCCUUCCGCUCUUCCGCCACUCUCCCUGGUCGCGUCCGCUUCGUUCACCCGCCGCGUUCCACAACCACGAAGCGGCGGCGCCUCCAAAUCAGAGCCAUGAGAGCCGUCGUCCAAAGGGUCGCCUCCGCCAGCGUCGAGGUCGAAGGCCGCACAGUGUCGGAGAUUGGCCCCGGCCUCCUCGUCCUCGUCGGAAUCCACGAGUCAGACACCGACUCCGAUGCCGAUUACAUAUGUCGGAAGGUCUUGAACAUGAGACUGUUCACGAAUGAGAGUACAGGGAGAGGGUGGGACCAAAAUGUAAUGCAGAAGAAUUAUGGGGUUCUUUUAGUCAGUCAAUUUACGUUGUAUGGGUUCUUGAAGGGUAACAAGCCAGACUUUCAUGUUGCAAUGCCACCUCAGAAGGCGAAGCCCUUCUACGAGUCUCUGGUCGAGAGAUUUCAAAAGGCUUACAGCCCCGAUGCCGUUAAAGACGGCGUCUUUGGGGCAAUGAUGAAGGUCAACCUAGUUAACGAUGGACCAGUCACCAUGCAGCUCGAUUCAUUACAAUCAACGAGAAAUGCUCAGACAGUAGCCGAAGAUUCAGGAAAGUAGUUAUGUUGGAGCAUGAUAUCUAUGAACCUCACAAAUCUCAAAUUGUAUACUUAUUUGGAUGUAACGCAUUGAUUUGCAGUAA